AUGUUUGGUCGCAACCUUUUUAUCGCUGCCUCUUUGGCCGCCCUUACACUUGCUGCACCAACGCCGACAUCCGCUGUCGUACAACACGAAGAAGCCAUAGUCGAGCGCCGCGAUGCCUUCUCUUUGACAGGUCUCAUCCGCGAUGUUCUGAAGCGACAUGCUUCGAUCGAAGCAAUCCCAGAUGCCACAUUCGAUAUCGUCGUCGACCGGAGAAGCGAAGAGACCGAGAACGAAGGAGAUGAUGUCGAGAUCGAUACUACGGAGGAGUCCUCUGAAGAUAAAAGAGGGUUGAACCGUCCUGGAGCUGGAGGAAGCAAGAGAGGGUUGAACCGCCCUGGAGCCGGAGGAAGCAAGAGAGGAUUGAACCGUCCUGGAGCCGGAGGAAGCAAGAGAGGACUGAACCGUCCUGGAGCUGGAGGAAGCAAGAGAGGAUUGAACCGUCCCGGAAACGGAGGAAGUAAAUGA